AUGAAUCUACCACAAAGCUUGCGAUGGAUACCAGCCAACUCUACUUGGUCCAAAUGGAAACCCGUCAUUCGAAGCGCUCUUGCCGCUUGGAUCGCUGUGGUCGUGUUUAUCAUUCCCUCAAUAGAGAAUAUACUGGGGCAGGUGUGUUGCGUUGUUAUCAUCGCAGCCUUCCUUAUCAUAAUAGCUUCGUUUUUGUCACCCCCUAGUGAUCCUUUCAUAGCAGUCCUGGAACGAGAAAUAAUCGUACUCAUUUUUGUGGCAUUGGGUUGGGCCUGGGUUUGCUUGGGUCUUAUGUUUGCUAGCUUAGCUCGCAUCCAGACCGUACCAGACGCUAGUAUACGCACUAUCAUCACAGGAGAGUACAUCGAAGCGGGUCCCUCUGUUAUCAUCGGCGUUUUCAUUUUCAUCGGAAGUACUUUCUUCUUGUACAUCAAGGCUAGAUUAGGCCCCGGACCUUUCCUCCCCGCUUCCGUGUUUGGGUGUAUAUGUGUUGACAUUUCCUUGAUGACCGCGGUUCUUUUUCCUUAUCCAUAUUACAAGAUCGGUCAAAUGAUCAUUCUUCCCUUGGCCUUUCACUCUGCGAUCUCCCUCAUCAUAUCGAUUCUCGUGUUUCCCCAAUCUGUAUCUGCUCAAUUCACAACGUAUAUGCAGGGAGCCGUCACGCCUCUUGCAACCACUAUCUCAUUGCACAAGUCUCAUCUCCUCGAAGACGUCACCUCAUCUGCGUUCUCCUACAAACAAAUCACAGAUACAGCAAACAAAGCUGAGAAUACAUUACCUAUGCUCGCAGCUGCUUCCCGAUUACUAAAACUUGAUAUCAUCUACGCACUGCAUGGCAUGGGUGUAUACUUUACACUCAUCCAUCCGACGCGAGAGCAAUUCCCUGUCACCCCCGCUGUCUCCCACCCCGCAACACCCGUGCAUCCCAGAUCCCCCUCUCCUCGACCUGAUGGACCUUCCUCCGUGACGACAGAAGAGAGACACGCACCCUCCGCUGACAAGGAAAUCAGGCAUCGCAAACCAUCUCACCACCACCAGCCUCUGUCUUCCCACGCACGGUCAUAUCCUGCCAAUUCCACCUCACCCCUCCAUUUGCCCCGUCCGUAUAAGCACUCGCGCUCACACCACGCCCAUCACACACUCUUGCACAGCUCUUUGCUGCACUUGGCGCUUUCUCGGGUGCCCAAGCACUCUGGAGAAACAGCCGUAGGUGUAUUUGAAUCGCAAAAGUAUCUGAACUUGGAGGCGAUACAUUUGUCGCAUCCGGAUUCAAAUUUCUUUACCGCUCGAGCAAAUGAGCUACUCAGCGACAGCUGCCAGGACCUUCUAAGUGUGUGCCAAGAAGUACUCGGAAUAUCUGGAGCCUGGAUAGGCAAUGUUGGGGGGUUUAGCUUCGAUUUUUUGAGGGGCUACAAUGAAGAUAAGGCGCAACACCACAGAGAAGAAGUUCAGAGGUAUGAGGAUUUGCUUGAAAAGUUAACAAGGGAGCUAGAUGAAUUCUUAACCAAGAAGAGGUUGACUGUUUUGGGCCCAUAUCGUCCAAUGUUUGACCGCAGCGAUGAUACAUCUAGUGACUACGAUGUUCCUCCCCAUCGGUAUCUAUUCCAUUGUUAUGUGUACCAGUACCAUCUAUUGCAUUUUGCUGCACUAUUACAAGACAUGCUCAAAGAAAUCAUUCGACUCGAAACGCAAAGAGAAAAGCCCAAACUAUGGCUUCCUUCCUUGCCGAAGUUGUUAACCUGGAGAACAUGGGAACCGUAUGAGAUUAACGAACAAGAAGACGACGAGGAUCCUGAAACGAUUCCAGGUAUAGACCCUACUUGGAUGACGGACCUCGGAAAGGCAGUGAAACGCGAUCCCGAUGCCCUUCCCCCAAGAAAUGCACUUGAAAGGGUGAUGAACUGGAUUUACCGCGCCGUUAUCAGCAUCGGAGGUGGAAACAUGCUCUUCGCCCUGAAAGCGGCAACGUUAACAGUGAUCCUUGCUAUCCCAUCUUUCCUCAAGACUUCGGCAGAGUUUGCAUACGUAAACAAGUUUGUCUGGGCCGUCUUCAUGGCUCAACUUACUUUAGCGCGUUUUCGCGGAGACACAACAUUCGGUGUAAUAGCUAGGAUAAUAAGUACCUUCGCUGGCGGUUUGAUUGGUACGGUCAUUUGGUAUAUUUCCGCAGGGAACGGCCGAGGCAACCCUUAUGGACUGGCAGCUGUGUGUGCGGUCUGCUACCCGUCAUUUUUCUUUGCUCGAUUGUAUUGGCCUAUCGCGCCCAUGACGAAUUUGAUCAUAUGGGUCACAACGGCAUUGGUUGUGGGGUAUUCAUAUGAAGAUACUCAUCUGACUGUCUCUUCGUCGCCAGGAUGGGGUUUUGAUGUGGCUUGGCGUCGUUUUGUGCUAGUCACCGUUGGUGUCUUAGCUGCGGGUAUUUUCUCCCACUUCCCUCCGUCAACUACUAUCCGUUCGUAUCAGCGCCGAACGCUGGCUACAACAUCGGCUGAACUUGGAUCGAUUUACUGUUCGGUCGUGUCUUACGCGAACUCACACGCGGAUAAAGACAGUACCAUCACAGUCCGGAGUUUGUUAGCCAUCCGCAGCAAACUCAAACGAUCGCUCGUGCUGAAGGAGAAUGUCAUAUACGAGUUUUCAUUGCGCGGAAAAUGGCCUGCUGAGAGGUAUCUCAAGAUAUUGGAGAUUCAAACGCAAAUCGCGUAUGAAUUGUGUCAUCUGAUGUCCGUAGUGCAUGAUCUGGAACCCGCUUGGGCUCAUGCCUUCCUUCGCCGGACCCGGAUGCUUGAUUCGGAUUUCCAGGGCGAUGUACUCGCUGUCAUCAGUCUGAUCUCCAAUGCACUGCACACGGGCUCUCCUCUGCCUCAAAUCACCCCAUGCCCAUUACUCGACAGGUUCAUGCUCAGGCGUCAUGGUUUGAACGUGGUGCAUGAAGAGUCGGAAGACGAUUAUGGAUUGCCACGGACGCUCACCGUGGACACGUUGGAGAAUCUGCAGUACUUAGUUAACAUUUGCGUUGGCGUUUCUACCACCUUUGGAAUUAUCACUCGACUCGAUCGUCUGAUGGUUGCUGUCAAAGAGCUGGUCGGCGAGCAGUAUCAUAUUGAUGGUAUGGGGAUGUCUGUGAUAGCGACAGAGGUUUGA